AUGGACACCUUACUUUCAAGCGCAGCAGUGUUAUUCAGAAACACCAAGCGAUCCUUGUUGUAUGGAUCCAUGGCAGUUUUGACAAUAGGCUUAGAAGAGCUGAUCGAAAGCGUUGUGUUCAACUGCCCGUGUGAAGGACACCUCCCUUAUGGAUUGGCAUUUCUCUGGGCUCCGGCUUUGCUGUUGUUUCUCGCCGGGAUCCUGGUGGACAGAGACUUGUGGAAACUGGGAAGAAUCAAGAAGAAAAACAUGACACAAUCACCAGGCCGUCGGUAUCUGAAAGCAUUCUUAGCUACACCGUAUAUUUUCGUAAACGCAGGUAUUGCCCCGUUGGCUUGGCUAGUGAUAUCAUUUCUACAACAGCAGUAUUACACGUGCGCUUAUUUCGGUCCUCCUCUCGACAGCGAGGACACAGUGGGUAAUACAACUGAUAAAUGCCAUGUUACACUGGGCUUCCGCUCAAGGGAGCUCGAAGAAAGUUACAAAUCGCGUAGUCAAAUAACAGGCUGGUCUCUGAUGCUGAUGGCAAUGUGCAUUCUCUUCACCUUUGUCUGCAUUCGUCGAUGCCUUCGAAAAAGAAAGGAACUUAAAAUGCCGAGUUUGGAAUACUACCGAUAUAUAGAGGCCGAGGCGGCAUUAAAAGAGUUUCACACUAUGGCGAAAGAGUGUGCAAAGCAAAACGCCAAAGAGAAUGUAGACAAGUCAUUUCAGAACGCAAAGAUCAAAAGGUUUGAUGCUCGCAUUCAAACGGUGGCACAUGAUGUCGUAAAAAAAUACGGGAUGUACUUUGUCAUACCAUCACCUGAGAGUCCUGCAGUCAGAGCAACAGAGGCUAUCCGACCGGACAGCCUAUCACUCCAACUUCCACACUGCGGGUUUGAAGUAACCGAUGGUCCACCAAUUGCAAAGCUAAAGAGCUAUGGAGUUGUAAGUCCCAGUCGAUCGGUACAAGAUGUUCGUUUUGGGGAGACAAAUCCAGCUCCAUCUAAUUGCAGUUACGGGAGGCAAGCAGUUUCGAAAGUUACACUUCAUCGACAAAACGCCGUGAUUGAAACAAUCUGA